GCCGGAGUAGGCACCUGUCCCGCCCGCCGCGCCCAGCAGCCGCCUCGCAGGCCGGGGGAAGGGGCCGGCGGGGACCGGGUCGGCGCCGGAGGAACCGCGCCCCGAGCGCCAGCGCACCAUGGCCCCGAGGCUGCUGCUGCUCCUCUGCCUGCUCUCGGGCUCGCACGCGCGGUCCAGGAAGGUGGAAGAGGAUGAAUAUGAAGAUUCAUCAUCAAACCAAAAGUGGGUCUUGGCUCCAAAAUCCCAAGACACUGACGUGACUCUGAUUCUCAACAAGUUGCUAAGAGAAUAUGAUAAGAAGCUGAGGCCGGAUAUUGGAAUAAAACCCACCGUCAUUGACGUCGACAUUUACGUCAACAGCAUCGGUCCGGUGUCGUCAAUAAACAUGGAAUACCAAAUCGACAUAUUUUUUGCUCAGACCUGGACAGACAGUCGCCUUCGGUUCAACAGCACGAUGAAAAUUCUGACUCUGAACAGCAACAUGGUGGGGCUGAUCUGGCUUCCAGACACCAUCUUCCGCAAUUCUAAGACCGCCGAGGCCCACUGGAUCACCACACCCAACCAGCUCCUCCGGAUCUGGAACGACGGCAAGAUCCUUUACACUUUGAGGCUCACCAUCAACGCCGAGUGCCAGCUGCAGCUGCACAACUUCCCCAUGGACGAGCACUCUUGCCCGCUGAUUUUCUCCAGCUAUGGCUAUCCCAAAGAAGAAAUGAUUUAUAGAUGGAGAAAAAAUUCAGUGGAGGCAGCUGACCAGAAAUCAUGGCGGCUUUAUCAGUUUGACUUCAUGGGCCUCAGAAACACCACAGAAAUCGUGACAACGUCUGCAGGUGAUUAUGUUGUCAUGACUAUAUAUUUUGAAUUGAGUAGAAGAAUGGGAUACUUCACUAUUCAGACAUAUAUUCCCUGUAUACUGACUGUGGUUUUAUCCUGGGUGUCAUUUUGGAUCAAAAAAGAUGCUACACCAGCAAGAACAGCAUUAGGCAUCACCACGGUGCUGACCAUGACCACCCUGAGCACCAUCGCCAGGAAUUCCUUGCCGCGUGUGUCCUACGUGACCGCCAUGGACCUCUUUGUGACCGUGUGCUUCCUGUUUGUCUUCGCCGCGCUGAUGGAGUAUGCCACCCUCAACUACUAUUCCAGCUGCAGGAAACCCACCACCACCAAGAAGACAGCAUCGUUACAGCAUCCAGAUUCCUCAAGAUGGAUUCCUGAGCGAAUAAGCCUCCAAGCCUCCUCCAACUAUUCCCUCCUGGACAUGAGGCCGCCACCACCUGCGAUGAUCACUUUAAACAAUUCCGUCUACUGGCAGGAAUUUGAAGAUACCUGUGUCUAUGAGUGUCUGGAUGGCAAAGACUGUCAGAGCUUCUUCUGCUGCUAUGAAGAAUGUAAAUCAGGAUCCUGGAGAAAAGGUCGUAUUCACAUAGACAUCUUGGAGCUGGACUCGUACUCCCGGGUGUUCUUCCCCACCUCCUUCCUGCUCUUUAACCUGGUCUACUGGGUGGGGUACCUAUAUCUCUAAGGGUUGCUCACAGGAGAAUGAAGAGCGUCCGGUUCACACCUGACCUUCCGUUGCUUCUCCGUUGGGAGUGGCAAGGAAGGACACUGGUCAGUGUAUCUUGCUAUAAAUGACCUUUCAGCAACACAGGAAGUACUCAGCAAAGGUUUCUACUGUGUAGCUCACACACACACAUACACACGCACUCGUGCUAAUUGAGUUUUAAAGUAAUAUUCUUGCUAGUCCCUACUGAAUUGUAGCUUGCUGUGUUUCUGGUGGUUUUUUUGGCUAUUGGAAGCAGCUGAUGAUUACUCUUGCAAAGAAAUCUGUAAAACAUGCAAGCGAAUGCUGAGACGCUCUCUCAGGCCCCGGGUCCUUCUGCUAACUUCCUUCACAGCCCUGGGUGCCAUGCCCACGCGUACUGAACCACCCCUGGCCGAGACCCACUCCUGCUGGCUCCGCCGGGGUUCUCCGAGCUCCAGUGUGAGCAGCGGUGGGUUUCAGCCCCAGUCUCCUCCCUCUGUGCCCUCUCUGGCUCCGGCGGCAUCGUCGUUAGCUGGCACCGGCUACCCAGUAACGUCGCUCUAGGCCUGGGAAGAGUGCUCUGGCAUUGUCCACGGUUUCCAUCGGAGGAGAAAAUAAGAUUUUCAAAGUGCUCGUGUUGUUGGGUCAAAGAUGAUUAUUUCUGAACAUCAGAAGGUUAUUUCUUUAUUUUAACUUGGGAGGGGCAACAAUAUUUGAACUUCGGGUUCUCGGACUAGUUUAACAACAUUUCACGUUAAGAGCUGUGUUUACUAGAAUAAGGCUCAGCCCCAGAGUAUGUGUCUAGCUUCCGUCAUAUUGUUAUGAGUUCAGUAAUUGUCUUUAUUUUGCAAGGAAAGGUAUACCGUGCUCAUGGCCUGUUAUCUUGAAACAAACACCAGAGUGUGAAGG